AUGGUAGGGGAAGUUUUUGUCAGCGGAACCCUAGAACUGAGGAAAAACGUUACUGGGGAUGUUCUCAUCAUCGGCUUGGGAGCAGGUUUCAUGAACAACUUUCUACACUAUCACUUCCCCGAUUUAAACAUUACUGUUGUGGAAAUCGAUCCAAAGAUACUUGGAAUCGCCAAGAAAUGGUUUGCUUUGGAAAUGGACAACAAUCACAGUGUGGAUAUCAGAGACGGAAUAAUGUUCAUUAAGGAAGCUGUUAACAAAGGUUUUGAUCACAAAAAACUCUUUAUAGUUCCUACAGAGUUUCCCACGCCAUAA